AUGGCGGCGCCCAGGGGCGGCUCGGGCCCGGACAGCGACAGCGGCUCGGACUCGGAGAGCGGUGGGGAAGCGGCCGCGCGGUUCCGGGAGGCUGCCUGGGACUGCCCCGCCCUGGCGGCGGCGCGGGCGGAGCCGCACAGCGGGGGCUUUAGAAAGGAUCGGUUGCAGCCUAAAGAUCAGCCAAGCCUGAGGCGUGAGGCAAUCGGCCGCCAGGAGGGUGACAAUGAGCUCCAGACAACUCCAGAGUUCAGAGCACACGUUGCAAAGAAACUGGGGACCAUGCUAGACAGUUUCAUCACUGUCUUGAAGGACUCAUCAGGACCAUCCCAGACUUCACUGGCACAGUCUGACUCUGAGGAUGAUGGUUUUCGCCUCUUCUCUUCCUCUGUCCCUGGAGACUGUGGGAAGCCAGAGCCUUGCCCUGCAGCCAGGAGGAGGAGGCCAGUUAGCUCCAGUGACACUGACAGUGACCAAGAGUGGCAGAGGUGCCAGGAGGCUGCUGUGUCAGCUGCAGAUAUUCUGAAGCAAAGUGCUUUCCCUGCAUUGUCCCAGGAUCAGAGUCAGGGCUCUGUAGAGCCCAACCAGAAAAAGAAGAAGAAGAAGAAGAAGAAAAUUAGGAGAGAGAAUAAUAUUCAAGAGAAAAUAAUAGACCCAGCAGAGUGUGACCAGAUCUGCAAAGAUUUGCCUCGGCCGGUGUCUGCAAAUGGCCAGCAGGAGAGACAGAACAGCAAUCACAGAGAGAACUCUGUGCUGCCAGGAGCUGUGAAGAAGAAAAAGAAGAAGAAAAAAGAAUGAUGAUUUUGCUCUGCAAACAGCAGGUGGUUGUGAUGGGUGAAGGAAACUGAAAGAAAACCUAACAACAGGAGUUGCUGCAGAUGAGGGAAAAUUAAUUGGCAAAGCGUCUGUUCUGCAAGCUCAGUGGCCUGAGAGACUAAUUAAGGGACUUCCUGUGCUCCUGUGUCCCCGAGGAAGGGAACAUUGUUCUCCUCACACAGCAGUUGGCUGUGCUGCUGCUUA